AUGUCAGUGACAUCGUCCGAUUCAGACACAUAUAUUGCCCUGGGAGCGAAUGGAGAUGUUCAUGUGGCCGUCCCUACAGAAGGAGAAAACAUGACAGUUUUCAAAGGAUCGAAGAAGGAUGCAAAAGCUAAGGAGUGCUUAUUGUUUUUCGAUAAGAAAACCGGAAAAUUGCGUCUUGAGAAGAUCAACUCAAAUAUCAAUGUGAAGAAGACGCGGGACUUGGACCCAUCAGUUGAGAGUGUUUUGCGUACGGAAAUGGCUCGCUUACGUACAGCUCGUAUAGAUCGUCCACCACCACCAGAGCCAAGCAGCUCAUCGUUUCCCGGCGCAGAUAGUAGUAGUUCCUCUGACUCCUCAAGCGACGAUAGUGAUAGCGACAGUGGUAGUGGAUCCGAUGAUGAGGAUAAACAAAGGACUGGAGGAGAUUCUAACUCAAGUUUGGCUGAUAGCGAUGUUGAAAGUCAAGUAUUGGAAAGUAUGAAGGCGGGCGGAGCAACAUCUUUCAACGAAAGUAUCGAUAUGCCAGCGCUGGAUGCGAUUUCACAGCCCGCACCUCCACAACCUGUCCAACAGAAUAGUUAUCAGUCAAGGUAAGU